AUGGGGGUGGUGCGGCCACAGGGGCAGGGGAAGCUGAUUGGGCUGCCACUGCUGGCAAGGGAAACGCCUGGGACAGGGGCUGUGUCUAGAUCUGAUCCUGUGGGGCCGCUGAAAGACAGUGAGCUGCGGGCAGCGCUUGAUGUGCUGCGGUGCUAUGACCUGCACACGAUUGUAGAAGAAUGGUUCAUCGAGGUGCUGCAGACAGACCUCCAGGCAAACAUAGGCCCUGAGUUUUGGAAUGGCAUUCACCAAUAUGAAAAUACAGCUGAGGAGCAGCAGUGCUCCUUGCUUCUUCUGGAUGCAUUUUGUCUUCUCAAGUGCCGCCUGGACCCCUACCUGAACAGCCUUGAACUUCUGGAGAAAUGGACCAAAGCAGGCUUGCUUCGGGGAACAGGCACUCAAAUGCUGCAAGAGAAGGUCUACACCAUGUUCAAAGCCAUUCUUUUUUUCUCCACAACGCAGUGCUUCCAGGAGAUGAUCCAGCAGUUCUAUAGCCGCACUUUCAGGAUAUACAUGCAGCAGUGGAAGAAAGGAGAGGAUGGAAUGAACGAGUGUGAGAGCAGCAUGAGUGAAAACGAACAGGAAAGUGAUACAGAAGAGGGUGGAGGAGAGAGCCUGCUGUGUGCAGGCUGCAGCAGCAAGAGAGAGGAGUGCUGGUGCCCCAAAGCCAUGGAGCAGUUCCAGCAGCUCAACGACAUCCUCCGCCGGCUAAACUUGCUAGAGAGAGUGAGCGCCGACGCCGUCACCACGAUCUUGCACCGGAUGAUAGAGGAGAGGAUGGAGCAAAGAUGCAGGGGCGAAUAUGAGCGCUCUUUCUUAAAUGAGUUCCAGGAGUGGAUUGAGAAGGUGAUUGGUUGGCUCAGCAGAGUUUUCUUGCAAGAUAGUCCCUUGGCUCGCUCCACUCCAGAAGCUAACAACACCUUGAAACGCUGGAGGUGCCACGUCCAAAGAUUCUUCUACCGCAUCUAUGCCAGCAUGCGCAUUGAGGAGCUUUUCAGCAUUAUUCGAGAUUUUCCAGAAUCAAAACCUGCAGUGGAGGACCUCAAGUUCUGCCUGGAGAGGACUAAUCAGAGGCAGCAGCUGCUCAGCUCCCUGAAAAGUGCUCUGGAAAUGCGACUUUUGCAUCCCGGAGUCAACACGUCUGACAUCAUUACCCUGUAUAUCUCGGCCAUCAAGGCCUUGCGGGAGCUUGAUCCCUCCAUGGUUAUCCUGGAGGUUGCCUGUGAGCCCAUCAGGAAGUAUCUGAGGACUCGGGAAGACACUGUGCGGCAAAUUGUGGCUGGUCUCACGGGGGAUGCGGAGGGCUCUGGUGAUCUUGCAAAUGAGCUCUCAAAAGCUGACCCAGUGACACUAGAGAAUGGUCAGGAAAGUGAUGAUGACAUCGCAGAACCAGGGGACUGGGUUCCUGACCCUGUUGAUGCAGAUCCAGGGAAAUCAAGUUCCAAGCGUCGGUCCUCAGACAUCAUCAGCCUGCUGGUGAGCAUCUAUGGAAGCAAGGACCUGUUUAUCAAUGAAUACCGCACCCUUCUUGCUGACCGGCUGCUACAUCAGUUCAACUACAGUGCUGAGAGGGAAAUCCGCAAUGUGGAACUGCUGAAGCUGCGAUUUGGUGAAGCGCAAAUGCACUAUUGUGAAGUCAUGUUAAAAGAUAUGGCUGACUCACGACGCAUUAAUGCCAACAUUCGUGAUGAAGAAGAAAAGCUCCCAGAGGAAGAGAGGCCACCGUUCAGCCUCAUUGCUGUUAUCCUAUCAAGUGAGUUCUGGCCACCACUGAAGGAGGAGAAGCUAGAGCUCCCAGAGCAAAUCAAGGAAGCUAUGGAAGCCUAUUCUAAGAAGUAUGAGAAAUUAAAGGCCAUGAGGACCCUGAACUGGAAGUACCACCUGGGCUUGGUGAAUUUGGACGUGGAGCUGGCGGAUCGCACCCUCUCGCUGUCUGUGUCUCCUGUGCAUGCUGCCAUCAUCUUGCACUUCCAGACCAAGAGUACAUGGACACUGACCGAGCUGAGUGAAGUGCUCAAGGUUCCAGUGACAUCACUGAAGCGCAAGAUGACCCUGUGGCUGCAGCAGGGGGUCCUGCGUGAAGAUCCCCAGGGCACGUUCACUGUGAUUGAGGAGGAGCAGAAGGACCAGCUGGAGAAGGUGGUUCUGAUAGACAGUGAUGAGGAGGGGGACUCUGCCAUGGCAUCACAGGCUGACCAAAAGGAGGAAGAGCUGCAGCUGUUUUGGACAUACAUCCAAGCAAUGCUCACCAACCUUGAGAGCCUGUCCUUGGAGAGGAUUCACAGCAUGCUGAAGAUGUUUGUGAUGACCGGCCCAGUGGUUACAGAAAUCGAUAUACAAGAGCUGCAGGGCUUCCUCCAGAAAAAAGUCCGGGACCAGCAGCUCAUCUACUCCGGAGGUGUCUAUCGUCUGCCCAAGAACUGCAGCUAGGCUCAGGUGUCCCUGCUUUCCCCUGCCUGUUCGCCUCUCCUGUGCCUGUGUCCAGCUCCUCAGUGCCACCCAGCUCUCUCAUCCUG